AUGGCAGCUGCUCUUCCGAGGUCAUUCGCGGGCUUCGCCCGCGCUUCCGUCCGUGCGCUGCACAGCUCGAGCCGCUCGGCCGCUUCGACCUCGACGCUGUCGCCCGUCGCCGCCGCACACAUGCGCCCCGUCAACGGCUUUGUCGGUGCCGUCGGCAACACGCCGCUCAUCCGUCUCAACAAGAUCAGCGCCGAGACCGGCUGCGAGGUGCUCGGCAAGGCCGAGUUCAUGGAACCAGGAGGAAGCGUCAAGGACCGCGCUGCCCUCUACGUCGUCAAGGACGCCGAAGAGCGCGGCCUCAUCAAGCCGGGAGGCACGGUCGUCGAGGGCACCGCCGGCAACACCGGAAUCGGCCUCGCCCACGUCUGCCGCUCCAAGGGCUACAAGUGCGUCAUCUACAUGCCCAACACCCAGUCGCAGGAGAAGAUCGACCUGCUCCGCAUGCUCGGUGCCGAAGUGUACCCCGUCCCUGCCGUCGCCUUUGACAACCCGGACAACUACAACCACCAGGCAAAGCGACACGCCGAGCGCCUCGACAACGCCGUCUGGACCAAUCAGUUCGACAACACGGCCAACCGUCAGGCCCACAUCGAGACCACCGGCCCCGAGAUUUGGGACCAAACCGACGGCAAGCUCGACGGCUUCACCUGCGCCACCGGCACCGGCGGUACCCUGGCAGGUAUCACCAGCUACCUCAAGGAAAAGAGCGGCGGCAAGGUGCAGUGCUGGCUCGCUGACCCACCCGGCUCGGUGCUUCACUCCUACAUCCAGACCAAGGGCAAGCUCAUGGACCGUCAGGGUGGAUCCAUCACCGAGGGCAUCGGCCAGGGCCGUGUCACCGAAAACCUCAAGCCAGACAUCGAGAAGCUCGAUAACUCGAUGCACAUCCCAGACGAGGAGAGCAUCGCCAUGGUCUACGAGCUCUUGCACGAGGAGGGCAUCUACGUCGGUGCCUCGUCGGCGCUCAACGUGGUUGCCGCCAAGAAGAUGGCGCAGCAGCUCGGCCCCAACAAGACCAUCGUCACCAUCCUCUGCGACGGUGCGUACCGCUACCAGGCCAGGCUCUUCUCGCGAAAGUGGCUCGAGUCCAAGGGCCUCGUCGGGGCCAUCCCUGACAGCCUGCAAAAGUACAUCGUUCUUCCAUGA